AUGACCGAACCAUUAUCACCACCAGCUACCGCAGCGCAAGGCGCAUCAUCUACAGGAGCCAUGAAGACCACACUCCCCUCCCGCCCCGCUAGCUCCAGCACGCACAAGAAGCCUCGCCUCCCGGCUGGCGCGCGCAUGCUAACGCGCACGCUCAACACCUCUCGCCCGCCGCCGCACUACAAUAACCACGCCAAGACCAGCGCCGGCGCCGCCGGCGGCGCGCCGGUCACGCGCGCGGACCCGCACCUCGCCCCGAAGCGACGCAUCGUCAUCCGGCGGGGCACGAACCUCGUCGCGAUCCUGAAGCGCGUGCAGAAGCUGCUCGACAAGAGCCCCGGCGGCGCGCUGUCGAUGGGCCUGGGCGACUUGGUUGGGGGUGGUGGUAAGAAGGGGGGCAAGGGUGUUGCUGGUGCAGGGGGGAAGAAAGGCGGUGCCAAGGCCUCGGCUGACGAUGACGGGGUGCAGGUUGGGGACGACAAGUUCCCCGUGGUCGUGGUCGGGGCGGGCGCGCUCAAUAUUGAAAAGGCGCUCAAGGCGGCGGCUGUGUUCCAGCGGAGGGGGGACUGCGUCGUGCGGAUAUACACCAGCACGGUGAGCGGGGUGGAUACCUACGAGGUUGAAGAGGAAGGGGAGGAUGAUGGUGCGGAUGACGGUCUUGAUGCGGGAGCCGACGCCGACACGGAGAUGUCGGGCACUGGCGCCUCCGGGACUGCGGCCGGUGGCGGACGAACGCUGGGCGGAAAGGCGACGGUCGUCAAGCAAAGGAGUCGCAAGGCCAGCGCGCUGGAGGUGGCCAUCCGGCUCAAGACGUGA